AUGGAAUCACCAUUAGCUACUACAUUAGGUACUCGAAUGAGUGCUUAUUUAAUCACAUCAAAUGAUUUCAAAAAACAACGACAAAAAAUCAAUAAACAAAUCAAAAAUUUACGUCAUGAAUUGAAUUUAAUUAAUCAUGAUAGUAAAAAAUAUAAAGUUGUCAAAUUCACUAAAGAUCAAUAUCAAUCAAAUAAAAAUUAUGGAUUAAUUUAUUUAUUAUUAGCAGAAAGAGAUUUUUUGUAUGGAUUAGAAAUGAAAAAUAUUUUAGAAAUUGAUGAUAUUAAACUGAAACUGAAACUGAAACUGAACCUGAACCUGAAACUACACAAGAAUUAUAAAAAAUUAUUAAUUACGAAAUUUAAACGAUCAUUGAUACAUGCUAAAGAAUUAUUAGAUUUAACUAAUGAGGAAUCAAUUAAUGAUAUUAAAGUAGAAUUAUUUGUUUAUACGGCAUUAAUUAUUGGUCAAUUAUCAAUUGUUAAAAAAAAUUGGGAAAAAACCCUUCAUGCUUUUUCAAUAGCUAAAUGUGGUUUAGAUUAUUUAUACAACACACAUAACAAUAAUAAUAAUAAUAAUAAUAAUAAUGGUGAAGAUGAAAACAAUGAUGAUGAUGAAGAAGAAGCUGAUUCAUUUAACAAAACAUUAUUUAAUGAAUUAAUUGAAACAUUAGUUGAUCCAUCAUUAAAUUUGGCUAUUUCACAAUUGGAAAUUCAUUCAACUACUGAUUUGAAAUCAAUUGCUCGUAAACAUUGUCAUGAUAAUGAAGUACCUUAUUUGACACCAGUUUUGAAUUUAAUUGAUAGUAAAUAUACUACUACUGCUGAGAAUAUUGCUAAUGAAGAUAAUUUUGAAAUUUCUAAACAAGUCAAUUGGAGAGAUCAUUCAGCAUAUAUUUAUAAUGAUGAAGUGGCAUUAAAAAUUUCUUAUUUGAAUAAUAAUAUUCAUUGGGAUAAAUCUAAUGAUAUUAAUCAAUUUGACUCAAUUAUUACUCAAUGGAAUGAAAUUUUAUCAUUGCAUAAAUCCGACACAGAAAGAAAUCAAGAUGAUGAUGAUUUAGAACAAGUACAAAAUCGUGCCAUCUUAUUGACGUAUAUUAAUUAUAAUUUAUUAUUUACCACCUUGAAAAGAGAUUUAUUAUUGAUUGGACAAUUAGCCAAAAUUGAUGAUAAUAAAGAUAUCAUUAGAUUAUUCAAUGGGAUUCUUGUUAUUGUUCAAAAUUUAAAAGAUUUACCAGGGGUUUAUAAUGAUGAAGAUUUAUAUGAUUCAUUAGAUAAUUUAGAAAAAUUUUUCAUUGCUCAAAAAAAUCAAGUAAUUGCUGAAUCUUAUCAAUUUAAUAGUCAAUUUGCUGAACUGUUGAAAAUUUAUCAAUUUAUUAAUCAAGAAAUUUCCAAUGCAACAACAACAACAAAACAAGGAUCAUCAUCUUUUUAUAAAACUGAUUUCCCAUUUAAUAUUAGUACAAAUGAACAAAUUGCUAUUUUCAAAAAUGAUAUCACCAAGAAAAUAUUACAAAAUCAAAUUAGUGCUCAAUUUGAACAAUCUAAAGUGAUAUCAAGUUCACCAUAUACUAUUGAAAAUUUGAAUAAAUAUCCUAAAGGAUUGACAACUAUUAUAAAUUUAAACAAAAUUGAACCAAUGAUGUGUAAACCAGUAUUAUUUGAUGUUGCCUUUAAUUAUAUUUCAUAUGAUUCAACCAAACAAACCACCACCAAUACCGCUACUACCACUCCAGUGGAAACUUCGUCCCCUGAUGUUGAUGAAACAAUUGAUAAUGAAAAUUCCAAAAAACGGGGAUUCUUCGGUAUAUUUGGACGUCGUUAG